AUGAAGUUUACGGAGGGAAUGUGGCUCCUUCGGGAGGGCAUUCGGAUUGACUGGAUGACCAAUGUCGAGCGAUUGGACGUUAACGACAAGAAGGAGACGGUUAACCUCUUGUUGAACAAGGUCCAGAGACAUCGUGGAGAUACACUGAAUUCUCCUACGGUCUCUGCGCGCGUCACUUCGCCGUUAGAGGGCAUUAUUGGUGUCAAGCUUGUGCAUUGGGCCGGCGGCGUCGACAACGGCCCACACUACGAACUUACUACUUCUUCAGGCCACGCGAAGAUCAUGCACGACAAGGGCAAGAACCUCCAUUACGCCAGCGGCCCCCUCAACCUCGACAUCAACACGUCUCCCAACGAACUUGGCUUCGUUUUCUCCGACGACAAGAAGAAGAAACUCACAGGCCACUCAUGGCGCUCAAUUGGAUACGUUGGAGACCAAACAACCGAGAAAUCCCGCUUCAAGGAUGGCAUCUUCUUCGAGCGGCAAGGCUACAUGCUUGCGGAGCUCGACCUGGGCGUCGGCGAGAAAUUAUACGGCCUUGGUGAACGAUUCGGUCCCUUUGUGAAGAAUGGGCAGAGCGUUGAUAUCUGGAACGAGGAUGGAGGGACGUCGUCGGAGCUCGCGUAUAAGAAUAUCCCGUUCUAUAUCAGUUCCGCGGGGUAUGGUGUUUUUGUCAACAACCCUGGGAAAGUGAGCUUGGAGUUACAGUCUGAGCGGACGACGAGAGUGAACAUCUCGAUUCCGGGGGAGGAGCUGGAAUAUUUCGUUAUAAGGGGUGCUACACCAAAGGAAAUUCUGAAGAGGUAUACGGCUCUCACGGGGACGCCGAGUCUGGUCCCUUCGUGGAGUUAUAACCUGUGGCUUACUACGAGCUUCACAACAAACUACUCUGAAGAGACCGUAACCGGCUUCCUGGACGGCUUUCGAGACCGCGACCUCCCACUAGGCGUCUUCCACUUUGAUUGCUUUUGGAUGAAGUCCUACCAAUGGUGCGACUUUGAGUUCGACUCGGAGAUGUUUCCCGAUGCAGAGGGCUACCUCAAGCGGUUAAAGGAGCGAGGACUCAAACUGAGUAUCUGGAUUAACCCCUAUGUCGGACAGGCAUCCCCACUGUUUGAGGUUGGAAAGAAGAAUGGUUACUUCAUCAAGCGAACCGACGGCUCCGUCUGGCAAUGGGACCUCUGGCAAGCCGGCAUGGCCGUAAUCGACUUUACAAACCCGGCGGCCGCCACUUGGUACAGCGAGCACCUGACCCGCCUCAUGGACAUGGGAAUCGACACGUUCAAAACCGACUUCGCCGAGCGCAUCCCCGUCAACGGCGUAGCCUACCACGACGGCUCCGACCCGGUCCGCAUGCACAACUACUACGCACUCCUCUACAACAAAAUCGUCUACGAAACCAUGACUUCCGUCUCCGGGGAGUCCAAUUCCCUCCUCUUCGCCCGCUCGACCUCUGUCGGCGGACAAAAGUACCCCGUCCACUGGGGAGGCGACUGCGAAUCCACAUACGAGGCCAUGGCCGAGUCCCUGCGCGGCGGACUGAGCCUGUCCCUCGCGGGGUACAUCUUCUGGGCAAGCGACAUUGGUGGGUUCGAGGGAACGCCGCCACCCGCACUGUACAAGCGCUGGGUGCAAUUUGGCUUGCUGAGCUCGCACUCGCGCCUCCAUGGCUCCUCGUCCUUCCGUGUCCCCUGGAUCUACGGCGAAGACUGCUCGGAUGUUCUGCGGGACUGCGUGAAGCGGAAGAUUGCCCUCACGCCGUAUCUCCUUGCUGCAGCCCUAACCGGAUCCAGGGAGGGCGUCCCGCUCAUGCGCGCCAUGUUCCUAGAAUUCCCCAAUGAUCUCAACACGUACUCGAUUGACACACAGUACAUGUUUGGUGGGAAUCUGCUCGUUGCGCCUGUGUUCUCCGAUGAGGGUGUCGUGACGUUCUAUGUUCCGCGGACGGAGGAGGAGGAGCGCGGGGACGGGAAGUGGGUUAGCUGGUUUGAUCAUGCGAAGAGCUACGAGGGUGGACAGUGGUAUACGGAGACGCAUGGGUUUGAAACGCUGCCGAUUUUGGUGCGGCCGGGGAGUGUGACGCCUCUGAACCCGAAGUUGGUUGCCCCCGAGGGCGAUGCGUUGGAUGGAUUGGAGGUUCUGGUGAAUGGAAGGUUGAGUGGGGAGGUAGCUAUUGAGGUUGUCGAUCCGGCGAAGACGCACGAGGUUCUCAAGGUAGUUACUGUUAAGCUUGGUGAGGGAGAUGUGAUCGCUACUGUUGAUGGCGAGGAUACAAAGGUCAAGGUUAACUGGGUUGGCCAUUAG